AACUGUCCCACGCUCAUAAAACGCUGUUUACGAUGAAAGUCAGAGUCGUCAGAGUUGUGUUCUUGUCGCAACUGGUCGUGUUACUCGCGCACGCCAGGAAUAUCGACCUGCCGGAAGUGAUGGAUAUGUUUGAUGGCAACACCAUGGUACAUAAAUUCAUUCAGAUUGAAUAUGAGAAGUUCCGCCAGCAGGAGAUGAUGCGUGCGGGAACUUCUUCCGGUGAUAACAUCACAUCGCAGGUUGCCUUUCUGCUAUACACCAAGUCAAAUCCAAAUGUUUCUUACGUUCUGGAACCGACUGCUGAGUCAAUCGCUGCGUCACCUUUUGAUUUUAGGAAGGCUACGCGAUUUAUGACCCAUGGUUUCUGGUCCAGUGGUGAUUCGGACACUUCUCAGAAUAUAAAGAAUGCAUAUUUGACGUAUCAAGAUGUGAAUGUGAUUCUUGUGGACUGGAAAGGUCCCGCAUCGACUUUAAACUACAUUAGUGCUGCUCUCAACACUGUACCCAUUGGGGCAUACACUGCUAGAUUAAUUGACGCAUUGGUUGAUUCCGGGGCACAACCGCAAAGAAUUCAUUUGAUUGGACAUAGUUUGGGAGCUCAUAUUUCCGGGUUUGCUGCAAAGUAUUCCCGAUGUAGAAUUGCGCGUAUCUCAGGUCUUGACCCUGCAGGACCUCUAUUUGAAACUAUUCCACUGGUUAAUGAUCAUCUUUCUGCGGAUAAGGCUGAUUUUGUGGAUGUGAUCCACACUUCAGCAGGUUCUCUGGGGUAUAGAUCUCCGAUUGGACACGUUGAUUUUUAUCCCAAUGGUGGUACUGCUCCACAACCGGGAUGCGAAGGUAUUAUGUAUGUUUUAGGAGGUAUCGCCACCAUGUUGGAUAGUUGCUCGCAUGGACGAAGUUGGGUAUAUUUUGCUGAUAGUAUUAAUCCGAGGGAAUUAUAU